ACGACGACAACGCCGACACCCACCCCUCUUGAUUCUACCCGACGCCGUAGAAUCAUACUCAGUCCUCGACCAUUAAAAUGGCUGCUACUCACGGUGCCGCUAUCUCCAAGAGGAGAAAGUUCGUAGCUGAUGGUGUGUUCUACGCCGAGCUGAACGAGUUCUUCCAGCGUGAGCUCGCUGAGGAGGGUUACUCCGGUGUCGAGGUCCGCGUCACGCCCACCGUUACCGACAUCAUCAUCAGGGCCACCCACACCCAGGAGGUUCUGGGCGAGCAGGGCCGCCGCAUCCGCGAGCUCACCUCGCUCAUCCAGAAGCGCUUCAAGUUCCCCGAGAACUCUGUCUCGCUCUACGCCGCCAAGGUUUCCAACCGUGGUCUGUCCGCCGUCGCUCAGUGCGAGUCCCUCCGCUACAAGCUCCUCAACGGUCUUGCCGUCAGGAGGGCAUGCUACGGUGUCCUGCGCUUCAUCAUGGAGUCCGGCGCCAAGGGUUGCGAGGUUGUCGUCUCCGGCAAGCUGAGGGCCGCUCGUGCCAAGUCCAUGAAGUUCACCGACGGUUUCAUGAUCCACUCCGGUCAGCCCGCCAAGGACUUCAUCGACACCGCCACCCGCCACGUUCUCCUCCGCCAGGGUGUCCUUGGUAUUAAGGUCAAGAUCAUGCGCGGCUCUGACCCUGAGGGCAAGGCCGGCCCCCAGAAGUCCCUUCCUGACUCCGUCACCAUCAUCGAGCCCAAGGAGGAGCAGCCCAUCGUCCAGCCCAUGUCCCAGGACUACGGCGCCAAGGCUCUCGCCGCCCAGCAGGCCGCUGAGCAGCAGAGGCUGGCCGAGCAGGCCGAGCAGCAGGGUGAGGAGACCCCCGCGGAGGCUUUCCAGCAGGAGUAAGCGCUCCUGUAGGAGGACCGGGUGGUCAGUAGAUGCCGGUGGUCGGGCUUGUUUUGCAUCAUAUUCACGACGUUUUUGGUCACGGAGUCAAUUUGCUUGUUACGUGUAAGCUCAAAAAAAUUAGAGCUUUCUUCGACUUACGGACUGAGAGGGUGAAUGGAUCGAACGUUCAAGAAAAGAUAUUUCCCCAGCAAGCAAAUGAAAAGUGCUUGAGACUCCAUGAUGCUCUCCUCCCUCGAAUCUGCAUGACAUCAAGCUGGGCUUCUGAGACAAGUGAUUAUGGACUGCAGUAGCUACUGCAAUUGAUUGACCCUUAUUUUGGGCCAUGAACUAUAGACCAUGACGCGCUUAGUCGCGUCGUGCUUAAGUACCUUACCUAGCAUAGGCAACUGACGUACCAAAACUACAUAAAUAUCUAAUGACAUGAUAUCCCCAUC